UUUUCGACGCCGUGUUUUCCCCUUCGUGUUCCCGAACCUAAGUCAUUUUUCUUUCCCUCUUCUCAUACAAUCUUUUCACGUCUCCGCUGGAUCUUCCUCCGCGACGGUGUGAUUGACGAAGGGUACAACAAGACGAAGGUUCAGCAGAGUCCCACGUGUAGGGCACUGGUAUCAAGGUUGGAGCACGCGGUGAUGUGUGAGUAUAGCGGUGGCAGGAGGUCGUACCGGACCCGCGCCUGGAUCGGCGACCGGUACCACGAGAUCUCAAUCGAACUCUGGGCGAAGGAGAAGGGGAAAGAAAUGUGGAUGUCGGUGGAGAUCGACGACAAGCGGCUCUUGUUCAUGAGGCGUCUCCGGUGGAAGUUCCGAGGGAACGAGAGAUCGGAGCUCGACGGAGGCUGGGUUCAUUUCUCCUGGGAUCUCCACAACUGGUUCCUCCAGUCUAAGGACCGCAAACCGAUACCGUCAGCCGCCGGCGCCCGCGACUCCGCCCCGGAAGAACUAGGGCACGCCGUGUUUCUGCUUUGGUUCAAGGGCCCGUAGAAGUCAAGUCCUCAGCGAGAGGAUAAUUUUACCAGAAGUUCAAUUUUUAGAAAUUGGGUGACGGAGAGAUACGAUAGAAAAACGGGGCUCAUUAAUUGGAGCUGGAGUGGCAGUGGAGUUGUCGGUGAGCAUAGAAGGCGAGGGAGGAAGAGCAGCACGCAGAAAUCCAGCUACUCCUCUUCGGCUUCGUCGGCCUCGUCAGCUAGCACUUGGUCGGUGAUGGAAUGGGCGAGCCCAAAGGAAGUGGAGCCACAGCGAGUGCAAGGCUUCUCCCUACUUGUCUACGCCUGAAGAAUUGAUCCACUGGAGAACAAUUUGGGAUUUUGACUGUCAUCGCCCCUUAUGUGGAGAUGGUUUAUUUGUUCGAUUCAUUUAAUCAUCGCAAUCAUUAUGAGGACUGGAAAUAUGUAGUGGAUAUGAGCUUGAAAUUGUUCAAUUUGAACAAGCAAAGGAAAGGGAAAAAGAAACCUAUGUGGGAAGUCAUAAAGGGUCCUCGACAACUUGAUUCUAAACAAUGUGAGUUUUAUGUGAUGAAAUUUAUGAGAGAAAUUAUUGAAGGAAAUGCUACCGACAAGAAGGAUUCACUUAGCUCAAUGUUCAUGAAAAUAAUUUACUCCAAUGAAGAAAUUGACGAAGUGCAAUCCGAAUGGGCGGAUUGCGUACUAGACUAUAUUCAUUACUAGGUAUAAAUUACUAGACUUCAAAAGAUGGUUGAACACUUUGUUUGUGACUCCAUGACUUAUUGAUUUUGAUUCCUUAGUGCCAAUAAUUUGUUUGU